AUGUCUGGCUCAACUAGCUCAACUACAGGAAGUGAAAAAGUAAUUGCUAUUUGUCAGGAGAUUAACCGACUCGGCUUGGCUCUCGACCUUGCAUCAAAUGUUCUCAACACAAUUUCAGUUGAUAACUAUAAUGAGAGACUCGCGUACCUGAAAGAAUUGUUGCCUGCUUCCGUGGAGAAUCUCGCAGAUGACUUUGGAAAAAUGAGCGUGUCUGAUAGCUCUGCCACCUUAUUAACGAAUUUUAUGAAUUCUAUAAAUGGAAACUCGGAAAUUAUGAAAAAAAAUCUGGAAGUUAUGAAUAAAACCUCGGAAUUAUUGAUACGACUUGAUAGAAAUAAUAAUAGGCUUAUCCCUGUUCAGGAUUAUACAGGUUCCAUGAAACGCGCAAGAGCUUAUCGGAAUAUCUCGUUUGAAAAAGUUACUCAGGAAUACUUCCUCUGUAAGACCAAAUAUAUACUUGGUGAAUUCGCCAGAAAUAAAUCAGUCGCUAGCCAUCUAAGAAAACCUGUACCAAUCGAUACAGAGGAAAAAGUUCAGACUUGGUUCGAUGACCUGAUGGAAGCCCUCCCGACCUUUAAAAAGAAGCUUGUGGUGGUGGACACACAUAGAAGGGCAUAUCUUGAUGGAUAUAUGCCAGAUUUCUUGAAGAGGAUACUAUAG